GCUACAGAAGUUGUACAGCUUGGGCCCCCUGAGCUGCUUUUCUUGCUGGAAGACCUCUCCCAGAAGGUAGAGAAUAUGCUGACAACUCCUGUUGCCAGGAGAGUCCCCUUCCUCAAGUGUUUAGCUGCUGAGAAUCAUGGUGUAGUUGAUGGACCAGCAGUCAAAGUUCAAGAGUACCACAUAAUAUCUUCUUGCUGUCAGAGGCUACUGCAGAUCUUUCAUGGGCUUUUUGCUUGGAAUGGAUUUUUUCAACCUGAAAAUUGUAAUUUACUGUACUCAGCCCUUGAGGUCCUCAGUAACCGACUGAAGGAGGGACAACGUAACCAGUCCUUGAAUGAACUGCUCAGCCAGAGCUUCCAUUACUUGCAGAAUUUCCAUCACAGCAUUCCCAGUUUCCAGUGUGCUCUUUAUCUCAUCAGACUUUUGAUUGUCAUCUGGGAGAAAUCUACAGCUCCAACUCAAAACAGAGAAAAAAUUGCUUCCUUGGCCAGACGGUUCCUCUGUCGGGUGUGGCCAAGAGGGGAGAAAGAGAAGAGCAACAUCUUUAAUGACCAGCUUCAUGCUUUGCUCUGUAUAUACCUGCAGCACACAGACAGUGUUCUGAAGGCCAUAGAGGAAAUUGCCGGUGUUGCAGUCCCAGAGCUGAUCAACUCUCCUAAAGAUGCAUCUUCUUCCAUGUUUCCUACACUGACCAGGCACACCUUUGUCAUUUUCUUCCGUGUGAUGAUGGCUGAACUGGAGAAGACAGUGAAAGGUCUUCAGGCUGGCACAGCAGCAGACUCGCAGCAGAUUCAUGAAGAGAAGCUCCUCUACUGGAACAUGGCUGUUCGAGACUUCAGUAUUCUCAUCAACCUGAUAAAGGUCUUUGAUAGUCAUCCUGUUCUGCAUGCCUGUUUAAAGUAUGGACGUCUCUUUGUGGAAGCAUUUCUGAAGCAGUGUAUGCCACUUCUAGACUUCAGUUUUAGAAAACACCGG